CAGUCUCUCGUGAACGCAUGUACGACAGAUAGGGGAAGUUACACAAAACUGUUUAUAUCGUUUUAAAUAUGGAAUUUUAUUUUUAUUUUUUUUUUACAAAAACACAGAUUCGCUACAGGAGGCCUUUAUUCAUCCCCCGGAGACCUGUGAGGCACAUUUUUUUAAGGAUUCACGCACUUUAUUUGACGUGUUUUGGACUGUGUAAAAGAAACACCGGCUGACUGCGAUGAUAGAGCUUAGAAGAGCCAGGACAAUUUUUAAUAUUACUCCGUGCCAGGACAAUUUUGAAUAUUACUCCGAUUGGAUUCAUCUGAAAGAAGAGAAUUAUAUACACCUAGGAUGCUUUGAGGGCGAGUAAAACAUGGAAUUUUCAUUUUUGGGUGAACUAACACUUUAAUGUAUAAUUUUUCCUUCUGGAGGAACAGUGAGCGUAUGAACCUUCUGUAAUAGUUGCAUAUGAGUUCUUCAGUUGUCCUCAGUGUGAAAAGAUGGAUAUCAAAAUCAUAGAGUCAUUUUUGGAAAAGGUUCAAAUACACAAAAAGGGUGAAAAACCAAAUAAUUUGUGGGACCUGAAGGAUUUUUCUGAAGAACAGUGGGCAGUUUAACGCUUCAGGACAAACAAGGGACUCAUGAACAGCUAUCACUAAACAACAACAACAACAAAACAUUGCUGUGGGUCAUUCAGUCUCUCGCUCUCUCUUGCUCUAAAGGUGGACUCAGUGAUGGAUUUUCCAGAAGACUUUAACCAGCUUGACUUACUGGAGUCUCAUGGCCACAUGAUCCCAGUAGGGACAAAGAGCGGCUGGGUGGAUGAGGAGGAAAGAGAUGAUGAUGAAACCUGUCACACUGAAGAAUGGUAUCAGCAACAGGAGUUUCAAUUACAAGACACACCAACUGAACUGAUAUUAUGGGCCGCUGAGAGGAACAGAUUAGCCACAGUAGAACAUCUCCUCGCACUGGACCCAACACUUGCUAAUUGUCAUGAUAGUGAUGGUUACACUCCUCUACACCGUGCUGCUUACAGUGGCCAUUAUGCCGUGGUUUCUGCUCUUUUGAAUGCUGGAGCGAAUCUUCAUGCAAGAACUACUGAUGGUUGGAUGCCGCUACAUAGCGCCUGUCGCUGGGGUCAUGCCACUGUAGCUUCGUGCCUUUUGAAUUGGGGGGCAGAGGUCAAUGCCUUGACAGCGGGGCGACUCACACCCCUACAACUGGCUGCUGGAAAUACUGCAGCUGGGCAGACGAUUGAGUUAUUGUUGUCACAGCGCACCCUACAGGCAGGACUGAAAAACAGUGCAGGAGAGACUGCUUAUGAUAUUGCACAUCGCACAAGUGAACAUCACAGGCUGUUUGAGAUGGCAGAGCCUUGUAAUAAAAUAUACUGACACAUAUGUGAGCACAGGGUGAAAUUCUGACAUCAAGAUUAUAAAUGUGUCUUAUUAUUAAUAAAUGUAGGUGUGAAAUUACUUUGCUUUUCUAUGAAUAGUAGAGGAAAUUGACAUAAAAAAAAAAACAAGAACUGGUCAUCAGCAUGCAGGAAAUAAGCAGAUGUUCACAACAAUGUCAUUAAAAGUUAUAAGCAUGUCUUUGCGUGCAUGUCAAAGCAUGAAGAGGGUGCAUUUUCUGUGCAGGAUGUGCUUAAAAUCUAGGGGUGGGAGACAAAAUUGAUUCACCUAUCGCAAUUCUUUUUAAAACGAUUUGAAAAUCGAUUUAUAUUUAAUUAUUUUACUUUUCCUAAGAGGUGUUGGGGAGAAGUUAGCACUUUAAUUCCAACAGAGGGCAAAAUAUACAGUAUAGGUGUGUUCAACUUAGAGCAGCACCGUGCAGACGAUCAGAGUAUGACAUCAAAUUACCGCGAGAGUGAUUCGAAAGCAUGCGUAGCCGUCUGUUCUCUGUAGCUCUCGCGAUGCUUUGAUGUCAUACAAUGAUCAUUCUGCGUGCGCAGUGCCGCUGCAUUAGAUGACGUCAUAUACGUUUCAAGCCGGCGUGAGAAAGCAAAACCAUGACGGAGGCAGAGGAUCAAACCCUUCCAGAAUUCUUUCUGCAUCUUCACAUUUUGAAUCUAGUCGACUUUAAUGCUCUGCCAUGACUCUUUAAGUUUGACGUCGACUAGUCGCUGGUCCUAUAGAGGGCGCAAGAGUAUAAGAAAUCUCUGAAGGACUUCCACAUUUAAGCUCCGUUUCCAAACAGUUAAAAUGACAAAUAAAUGCAUACUCUGAAAGCGCUCCACAAGACGUGUGAUUAUAUUACUGGAUGCUCGAAUUGAACGGGAGAAUGCACGUUUUAAACAGCUUAUAGUACAGGUCAGUUAAUCGCCAUUCUAAUCUAAUGCGCUGCUGCUCUGUAACGCACACACAUAGGCUACAGACAGUAGCACAGUUCACACACGCAAUCGCUCUCACUAAUGCAUUCAUACGAAUCUUUACUGUGCUACUUUAUCUGUAUCUGAUUUAGAAAGAGCAGAAAUCUGUGAGAAAUAUAACGACCCAAAGACAAAAGAACUUAUAAAAAUGAGCUGUUAUAGGAGCAAUAACCAUGUGGGCAGCACUGUGUCAUAUGCCAUAGCUGUGCACAAGGUGUUUGAGUCUCAGCUCCAGACUUAUUUGUUCAUUAAUGACGUCAUCAGCGACUAGUCGACUUCGACUCGACUUUCAUCACAUAAAAGUCGACUUUAAAAAAUCAGAAGUCGUUCAACCCCUACUAUGUAUGUGUAUGCUCCUGAAAUAAAAGUUCAGAAAGAUGUGA